UCAAAAUUCAAAUGGCAUCAUCACUGUCUUCUUCAUCUUCAUCCCUAAAAUUGAACCACCUGAGAAAAACAGUGUGCUAUUUUCUGAACCAAAACCGUUGUUAUUCAUCAAAGUUAAAACAUGCAGCAUCAACAUCAUCAUCAUCAGAGUUCGAGAAAGUUGCAGAUGAUGUACCAAUUUCAGGAAUUUGUAGACCUUUAUCUGAAAUACUGAAGGAGCUUAACAAGAAAGUUCCUGAUUCACUUGUUAAAACUCGCAUUGAGAAAGAUGGUUUUCCCAUUAGAUACAUUCCUUGGCAUAUUGUUAACCGUGUUUUGAACUUACACGCUCCUGAGUGGUCUGGUGAGGUUCGGAAUAUCACCUAUUCUGCUGAUGCCAAGUCUGUUUCUGUUGUUUACCGAGUUACUCUUUAUGGGACUGAUGCUGAGAUAUAUAGGGAAUCAACUGGUACUGCUUCAAUAGAUGAUACAAGUUAUGGAGAUCCUGUACAAAAGGCAGAAGCAAUGGCUUUCCGAAGAGCUUGUGCACGCUUUGGGCUAGGACUCCACCUUUAUCAUGAAGAAUCCUCGUAAUCAAGUUGUUCUGCUUAUCAGAGGAAGCAUUUUGAUCCAUGUAGCAUUAGUGCUUACUCCUAUCGAGCAGGAAAAUGCUUUGGUUGCUGUGGUAGUUAUAUGAUUGUAUGAUUCAAUCAUAUGAUUUUUUGGGGAUAAUUGAUGUGCUGAAGUACUUUUGAUGUAAAGAAAACAGUAAAAGUAUGUUUAGAAUUUAUUUGCAUACUAA